GUAAUGACGUUACAACCCGGAAGGAUUGCCCUCUUCUGUUAACGUUUGAAUAAACAAGAAUGACCCAUUUGUUUUAGGAAAAGAUUGCAAGCGACGUGUCAAACAUAUAUAGUAUAUUUCAACUAAGUAAUAUCGAUGUCUUGUUUAGAGUAUUUAUGUGUGGAAAUUAUCGAAUGUGUGUAGCAACGCCCUAAUGCCAGCCACCUUGUUGGGGAAAAAGAGCCCCGUUGUGUUUACAAAUCGAUAAGCAUUAUUGUUACCCUGAAGUGUAAUAAUAGUGGUGUUUUUUGACGAAGAUAAUAUGGCCGAAUUGCAUGUUGUGGAGCAGAGUGUUACUGCCACAAUAGAACAAACCGAGCACCGAGAUGUCCGAGGCUCUGUUCGGCUGGCUGCUUCGCCCACUCUAAUGGUUUCACCGCGGAGUAGCUUGCCCACCAGUCCUGGGGUGUCGAGUACUAGUAGAGCGGUGUUUGGGUUCCCAAUGAAGAGCAACCUCAGUUCCCCAUCGGAGCAAGCCGAGAAGGCAGAAUCCCGCUGGGUUUGCCUAAAUGUCGGUGGAACCUAUUUUGUCACAACCAAACAGACAUUGUGCAGGGACCCCAAAUCGUUCCUGUACCGAUUGUGUCAAGAAGAUCCGGAUUUGGACUCUGACAAGGAUGAGACGGGUGCUUACCUAAUCGACAGGGACCCCACAUACUUUGGCCCCAUUCUGAAUUACCUGCGGCAUGGGAAACUGAUCAUGGACAAGAACCUGGCAGAGGAAGGUGUCCUUGAGGAGGCGGAGUUCUACAAUAUUGCAUCACUAGUAAGGCUGGUCAAGGAGAGGAUACGGGACAACGAGAACAGGACAUCUCAGGGCCCAGUGAAGCAUGUGUACCGGGUGCUGCAGUGCCAAGAGGAGGAACUCACCCAGAUGGUGUCCACAAUGUCAGAUGGCUGGAAGUUUGAGCAGCUCAUAAGCAUCGGCUCGUCCUAUAACUAUGGCAACGAGGACCAGGCUGAAUUCCUGUGUGUGGUUUCCCGGGAGCUCAACAACUCUACUAACGGCAUUGUUAUCGAGCCCACUGAGAAGGCCAAGAUCCUCCAGGAGCGAGGUUCACGGAUGUAAAGAGACUCCCAGGCCUGAGCUCACCCUUCUCAGCUCAUGUGACAUUUCUUGACGUCUCCUGCACCACCUCAGCCAUGGUUCAUAUCUUUACCCCUUCCACCACCAGCCCCACUCCCCCUUUCACCUCCCCCUCCUCUGGGUGUGCCUUUCCACAGUGGAGGGGGUUCCCAUCCUCCUCGCCUACAGUGCUACAACAUAACCCCAUUGCCAUUUCUUAUUCUCAGUUAUAUUUGUGUGAACAUUUUGAGGGAUUCUGAAGAGAUGACAAUAGAGUAUUUAUUAUUAACUGUAAUACCUUUUGUCAUAAGUUUGAUUUUGAAGAUUCCGGUUUUGCCCCUGAUCAUAGCCCCCAUCUACAUCCACACAGAGAUAAAUCAUUGUCACUGUCCUCAUUCAGGUGAUCACACAGCUAAUGGGGAGCCGUUUCCUUUUCUGUCUGGCUUUGUUGACUCGGUGGAAAUCUCCUCAGGACUUUCAAAGGACAAAAAAAGAAAGCGGAAAAAUCUACUGACUGUGACCUGCCCCCUUCUACAACCCUGAAGAUUCACCUAUGGGGUGAGAGGAUGCUAUAAGCAACAUAGCUCACCCUUUGACCUCCACUCCUAGUCCUUACAUCUCCACAGCUGGAGCGCUAAGGCAGUUCAUAGUUGCUUGGGAGGCUGAAAGCCGAGAGGUGGGGCUAAGGACAGAGAAGUAAGUCACAGGAAUAUUCUACAGCCCUCAAAUUCAAAUCUGGACCUCAAAGCCAGUUCUACUGCUUUUUUUUGUUUUUCUUCCCCUCUAAUCGUGGACUGAUUUUUAACCUGGGACACCAGGUGGGUGCAAUUAAUAAUCAGGUAGAACAGAAAGCCAGCAGUAGUCCGGACCUCGUUGGGUAAAAUUUGAACACCCCUGUUCUACAGCAUCUCUCUUUUGGUCUUCUUGUGCAGUCAGUCCUGCUCUCACAGCAACUCUUGCCCAAUAAGACCAUACGAUAGUGGGGAGAUACAGACCCUUGUCUAACAGAGGCUCCACCCCACCAUAGUUCAUCAGUGACUUCCACUGCUGAGCAUCCAUCACACACAUUUUCUUUUUGGCUCGGGUCAAAGUCCUUUCUCACCAGGAGGGCACAUAUUUUCUUACAGCCGUACUAAGGAUGUUUCAGUGCAAAAGAAAACACACAACUUAAAAGACUAAACCACACACAUGUACACAAUUGUCAGGCAUGUGAGGAAUAUAAAUCUAUAUAUAAUGAAAUUAUAUGGAGAAAAAAACUUAAUGCAAAUGAUGUAGUUAUUCAUUUCUGUUUCAUAGUUGUUAUAUUUGUGUAGUAUGGUGAGUUCUAUUCCGUUGAGCGAGGAAAUAUCACUCCUAAACCAAUUUUCCUGAAAUGUUUCCCCCAAUGACAAAGGUGUACGUUUGUGUAUGUAGUGCCUCUGCUAUUCAUCAAUGAUUGAAAUUAUGAUCAGCGACCCAGUUUUUCAGCGACACAACUUCUAAGUAGAUUUUUCUUGUUACUUUAUAACCCUUUCAAAUGAUCCUUCUCGUAGAUAUACUAUUAUGUUCUCUUGCAUAUCUUAGAAUUGUAAUUGGAGAUUAAAGAGACGGGUUAUUGAAUAAGCUUUUAUUUGACAUCGAAAGAUGGUAUGUGUCCUAUACAGUGGUCUUGUGACCCUGUUGGACUUGUAUCCAUCUGUAUGAUGCCUCAAAGCCUAGGGCCCCCUUUCCCUCUGGCGUUGUUUCAUUUUCAUGCCAAAUGUCACUCACUCUGCAUUUGCCUGUUUACACACCUUGGUGUACAUUCAGUUAACAGCUUUGCUUAACAUUUUGCAGUAUUUACUGUGUUAAUUCUAGAGAAUGCUGAAAGGAAGGUUUUAAAUGCAUACGUUUGGAUCUUUUUAUAGAGUAGACGUAACCACAGGAACAUUGGGUACUGAAAAUUCUGCAUGGACUUCAGCUUUCGAUUUGUUACAUUGGGGGAAAAUAAGGAAAUGAUACCUUGUUUCUCACAGUGUCACAUCCCUCUGUGCCAACCAACAGUGAUGGGUACCUAGCUUGUCUGGUGUAUACCUCUUAUUAUUCACAUAUCAUUGUCCCAGGAGUAAAUCCUGGCAUUACCCCAUUUGUAAUACUUCUGAAAAGUUACAUUUAUUCGGUCAAUCUGACUGUGUACUUAAAAGAAGUACCCCACAGGUAACCAAUAUCACAUCAUUUUUGUUUUACUGGCGUCACAAAAUCCAUACACCUUUUCCUGUGUAUAAUGAAUAUUUGGUGCAAUUAUGUUAUAUCAGCAUGAUUUAAGAAAGCGUUCGGCUUAAAAACACACAAAUAAUUACCUGUGCUGUUGUCAUGCUCCAUGACUGUUUUAUCAGACUCUAGAGCUGUGACAAUGUUGCUGUGACUUUUAUUUCUCCUCUUGGAGUGGAUGUUGUGCAAUUCUAAUACGAAACUGGGACAAAAGUGCAGUAGUGCACAGACUGUGCUGCUAGAAGAAUGCCUGACUGUCUGAUAGAUAGACACCUUCUCCUCUCUGGGCCUUUUUCAAAGCUCCCAGAGGUUGUUCUAUUUCCCUUUGUCGUGUCCAGUGUUGUGCCUUUGACCUGUGUUGUGCACAGUUGUCCCCCCCCCCCCCCCCGUGCAGAUUAUCAAACUUAACUCCUUUUCUUUUAAUGCCAAUACUUUUUAGCCAAGCCUCCCGUAUUGACCCCUGUAGCUCCUGAACCUUUGCCUGUGUUUGUCGCUGCAUUCUUCCGGUUUUCUUUCCUGAAAUGUGUGUAGACUGUAGGUCUGGUUGGCUUUGUAAGUUUAUCCCACAACCGAGGCAGUGAAAAGGAGACCGUAGUUGUAAUCAAAGCAGUGCCCCAGUAUAUCUUAGUAAAAACCAGCAGUGCUCUAUUCUUUUGGAAAAACAGCGACUGCAUAAGCCACGUUUAUUUGGCUUUCUCUCUUGAAUUGCAUGUUUAAGGCAAUUUAUGCUGUUUAUUUUGAUGCCAUGAUAACUAUACUGACAGUUGUUUUACUGUAUUGUUUGCAUUCACUUUUGAAGCACUUCUUUUGAAUGUCUCCUUUUGACAUUUAUUUGUUUUGUUUAUACUUGCAGAUUGAUUCAUCCGAUUUUGAAAGGGAACUUUUUAUUCGGAUAAAAACGAUCAUUGCAAAAAAAUAAAGUGUUCCCCCAUCACUGUA